AUGGCAGUAUGGAGCCGGAGACAAUUUACUGCCACGUCGACGCCAUCGUUUCCAGGAGGCCCGGUGGGGAUAGGAGGCUCGAGCGGAUCGUCACCAACGUACUUUCAACGCCAGAGCUCGCUACCUGCAAAUACCAUCAUCCGAUUCGUACCCCAACAGACAGCAUGGAUCGUGGAGCGCAUGGGAAAAUUCAACCGGAUACUAGAGCCCGGUUUGGCUAUCUUGAUGCCGAUAAUCGAUCGCAUUGCCUACGUCCAGUCGCUAAAGGAAGCGGCGAUCGAGAUUCCCAGCCAAAGCGCUAUCACCGCGGACAACGUGACGUUAGAGCUGGACGGCGUUUUAUACACAAGGGUCUUUGAUGCAUACAAAGCGAGUUACGGGGUCGAGGAUGCAGAGUACGCCAUCUCGCAGUUAGCGCAGACGACGAUGCGAUCCGAAAUUGGUCAACUCACCCUCGACCACGUCCUCAAGGAGCGAGCAAAUCUCAAUGCGAACAUCACACAGGCAAUCAAUGAGGCCGCGCAAGAGUGGGGUGUGGUAUGUCUGAGGUACGAAAUCAGGGACAUUCAUGCUCCGGAGGGCGUGGUAGCGGCCAUGCACCGACAAGUGACGGCCGAGCGAUCAAAACGAGCGGAAAUCCUGGACUCCGAAGGUCAGCGACAAAGCGCAAUCAACAUCGCCGAAGGUCGGAAACAAUCUGUUAUCCUUGCGUCGGAGGCAUUGAAGGCCGAGCAGAUCAACAUGGCAUCCGGCGAGGCUGAAGCUAUCUUGAUGAAGGCACAGGCAACCGCCCGAGGCAUCGACGCCGUUGCCAGCGCCAUAGGGCGAGGCGAAGCCAACGCCCAGGGAGCCAUAAGUUUAGACGUCGCCAAGGAGUACGUUGCUGCGUUCAGGCAGCUCGCGAAGGAAGGCACUGCAGUCGUGGUGCCAGGCAACGUCGGCGAUAUGGGCCAAAUGAUUGCCAGCGCCAUGGCAGUGUAUGGCAAGGUCAACGAAGGACAAACCAAGACAGCUGCGAGGCACCUGUCGGCGCCAGCAGCAGCAGUGACGACCGAGGGCUCCAUACCUCAAGAUUUGAGUGACAAGGACGUGGCACAGACCGUCCUGGAGGGAUUCGACCAGACAGCGAAUGCCCGGAAAUGA